AUGCACAUUAUAUGGCGACCAUUUACCGCCUUCUUCUUCGGUGGAAAGGGCUUCCCGUUCUUGAUGAACACGAUGAACCUAUACCAGACAUCUCUUGCCCUUGAGAAGAAGACCUUGUUCGAUCGCCCCGCCUAUGUAUGGACGUUGCUAAUGUUGGGCACUUUCAUUCUGGUUCUCGACGCCGCCACAGUCAACAUGGGCAUUCUCUCCCACCCACUCCGCAAUGCCCUCAUCUACAUCUGGUGCAAGGAGUUUCCAGGAACCAAGAUGAGCAUCUUUGGGCUUGUGUCCGUUCCUACGCGCUUGUAUCCGUUGGUCCUGGCAGGACUGGACUUUGUCCUUCUGGGCAUGAGCGGUUUCUACGCUGGGUUAAUCGGCAUCAUUGCCGGACAUCUUUGGUGGUUUAUCUCAACCUACCUCCCGCUGCACGCCCCUGCGCGCUUGCGCCGCCCAAAUGCUCUCGGUACGCCUCGUUGGUUCCGACGUCUUUUUGUUGGGAGCGGUAGCUCGACGGCCGGACGAACAACCAGCUUCUCGGGCGGCAUCACUGCAACCGAUUACCGGGACAACCAAGCCGGCUCAGCUGCCGCAGCUGUGCGCCAUCGUUGGGGUUCUGGCCAGAGGCUCGGUGGAGAGUGA